UUUUACGUUGCAGGAGAGACAAAAAGCAAUCUGUUCAACACCCGCUGAAUAGCAGGGAGUUUGUUCAGACUACUGAUUUUCUGAAGCAAGAAAGCAGAGAGCAGGAGAGACUCGGCAAAACUGACAAAAGGAGCACAAUGAGUACCGUAGGCAAAGUCAUCAAAUGCAAAGCAGCCAUUGCUUGGGAGCUUAAGAAACCCUUGAGCAUUGAGCAAAUUGAAGUAGCCCCUCCAAAGGCUCAUGAAGUGCGCAUUAAGAUUUUGGCCACAGGGAUCUGUCGCUCGGAUGACCAUGUGAUCAGCGGUGCCUUUGCUAUGCCUCUCCCAAUAGUUCUGGGCCACGAAGCAGCUGGUGUUGUGGAGAGUGUUGGAGAGGGAGUGACCUGUGUGAAACCAGGAGACAAAGUAAUCCCACUCUUUGUUCCGCAAUGUGGAAAAUGCACCGCUUGCCAAAGUACCAAAGGCAACCUGUGCACUGAAAAUGACCUUAGUAGCGGCCAUGGCUUGAUGCCUGAUGGCACCAGCAGGUUCACUUGCAGGGGGAAGAGCCUGCAUCAUUUCAUUAGCACCAGCACCUUCACUGAAUAUACUGUGGUGCACGAGACCUCAGUGGUCAAAAUUGAUGCUGCUGCCCCUUUGGAAAAAGUGUGUCUGAUUGGCUGCGGGUUUUCUACUGGCUAUGGAGCAGCUGUUCGAACAGCCCAGGUGGAACCUGGCUCUACCUGUGCCGUCUUCGGCUUGGGAGGAGUCGGCCUCUCCGCUGUCAUGGGCUGUAAAGCAGCUGGAGCAUCUCGAAUCAUCGGUGUCGACAUCAACAAGGAUAAAUUUCCCAAGGCUAGAGAGCUGGGAGCCACGGAGUGCGUCAACCCUCUGGAUUUCAAGAAACCCAUCAACGAAGUGCUCUUUGACCUGACGGAUGGGGAAGGCGUAGACUAUUCAUUUGAAGUGAUUGGCCGCACAGAUACCAUGUCUGCUGCCCUGGCCUCCUGCCACCACAACUUUGGAACCAGUGUGAUUGUGGGAGUGCCUCCUUCAGCAUCGCAGAUCUCUUUCGACCCAAUGUUGCUUUUCACAGGCCGUACCUGGAAAGGAUCUGUGUUCGGAGGAUGGAAGAGCAAAGACUCUGUCCCUAAACUGGUUUCGGAUUUCAUGGGAAAGAAAUUCGUGUUGGAUCCGUUAAUAACUCAUACAUUACCUUUUGAAAAAAUCAAUGAAGGAUUUGAACUGCUCCGGACAGGAAAGAGCAUCCGCACCGUCUUGACAUUUUAAGGUCUUGGGGUGACAGAAGAAGAAUGCAAGAAUGAUCAUCAGUAGAUAAAGCUCCUUCUCUACAACUUUUAUAAUCAACAGUGUGUUCUGGGGUUUUUGGCUGAAGGAAUUAAAUCAUAAGCACACUGAUUCUUGUAAAUGUAACUAUUAAUCAAACUCUACAAAAGAAAAAGAACCAACGCUUGGAAGUAAAGGCAGGUUGCCAUUUCUGAAACCUCCAUUGCUGUUGACUGUAAGCACUUUGGCUUCUGCAUAUUAAAAUGAGAUUUCUCAAG